GCGAGCAAAGCACUUCUCUGACGCACUUCCGUGGCGCCGAAACAGGCAGGCCGUGGUACCUCGAAACUGGGAAGAUGGUGGUUACCAGGUCUGCGCGGCCUCCGGCCAGCACCCGAGCCACGUCGCCUGAAAAUUCCCAGCAGGAGAAUUCUAAAAGAAUUCAAGCACAUUCAAAAGGCAGGAAGGAAACUCCAUCUGUUGAGCCAAAUACUGCUGAAUCAGGAACCACUAGGAAACAAAGUCCAUUGCCUAGAACUCCUAAGACCAGAAAAAGGAAGAGCACAGCUACAGGCUUAUUACCAGAAAUGAACAAACCAUCUACUGAUGGAGAGAUCUCUGAAGCAGAAUCAAAUUGUUCUGUGUCCAGGCUCCAGGAACCCAUUUUAAGAAUAACUAGAAGACGGCAGAUCUUAGUUGCAUGCACCCCAGUGUCCACUGUUAGGAAGAGGCUGAAAAUAACCCCAUUAAAAGAGUCUCAUACUGAAGAAGAAGUCUCUGAAGCUGAGUCACAUGUUUUAGGUAUUUCUAGAAUUGUGCUUCCUACAGUAAUAACUACAAGAACCAUAAGAAGGCAGGCUAAAUCCCUAAAAGAUCCAAACCAAGAAUCACAUGUAGAAGCUGAUUCUGAUGCUGAGUCAUCAUGCUCAGACAUUUCAUUUUCCAGUAUUGCAACUAGAAGAACAACAAGGAGUAUGCACAGGAAAUUGCAAGCACAAAUGAAGGAGAAAGGUACUAAAAUUGUACCAGGAAAUGAAAAGCAAAUCAUAAAUGUAGCUAUGAAUUCAGAGGAUUCAGAUGCUAGACAAAUGUCUUCUCAUUCACAAGCAAGAUCUCUUUCUAAGAUAAAUCAGCCAGAUUUCUGUAGUGAUAGUGAUGACUUUGAUGAUGAUUCCCUCCACAGAAAUUCAGAAAAACAACCAACAGUGCAAAAACAUUUUAAUAUAGGAGAGGAAAAACAAGCCAGUGUUACACCUCUCAGUGAAAUACAGCAGAAUUGUAAAAGUUUAGAUGAAGAAGCUAAAGGAAUAACAGAUGAGGAAAAAGAAAUUAAUGAGAAAAAUUUGCAGCUGAAGAGUCUUUCUGAACUUCAGGACACCAGCCUUCAGCAGUUAGUUUCUCAGAGACAUUCAACCCCCGAAAAUAACAAAACCACAUCAGAGCCCUCAAAUCUGAACUGUGAGGCUGUAAUGAAAUCAUUAACUCAAACAUUUGCAGUUAUUGAAGUAGACAGAUGGAAUGAAGAGAGAAAGAGCACCAUAAAAACAAGUGACUUGACAGAACUUGGUGAUAGUGGUGGCAGUAAAGAAGACUGCGCAGAUAGAGGUGGCACUGAAGACAUGAAUGAAGAAAGGGAUACGGAUUUUGAGUAUGAUACCAACCUAUACAAGUCUGAGUUCAACACAUCUCAGGAUAAAGGUCAUUCUGUUUUAUUAGUUCUCAGCAGUGAUGAAAGCCAGCAGUUUGAGAACAGUGAGAAUGAAGAGGACACUGUGUGUUUUGUAGAAAAUAGUGGUCAAAAGGAAUCAUUAAAUGGCGUCUCAGAAAAUAUGUCAUGUGACAAUGCAUUGUUUGUAAUUGACACAACUCCUGGAUUGAGUACUGAUAAAAAUUUUUACCUGGAUGAGGGAGAUAAGGCCAGUGAGGUUGCCACUGAGGAAGAAAACCAAGAGGAGGAAGAGGAUGAACAAAGUGAAGAAGAACUAUCAGACCAUGAUGAAAAUAAAGAUGAGUCUAGUGAUGAAGAUGACUUACUAAAUAGCACAAAGUCAAAGUUUCUGAAGUUGACAAGCAGCAGCAUAGACCCUGGUCUGAGUAUCAAGCAAUUAGGUGGUUUGUAUAUUAAUUUCAAUGCAGACAAACUUCAGUCAAAUAAGAGAACACUAACACAGAUCAAGGAGAAAAAAACAAAUGAGUUUCUGCAGAAAGCUAUCAUUACUCCUGAUUUUGAAAAAAACUUCUGUGUCCCACCAUAUAGUGAAUCAAAGUAUCAACUUCAGAAAAAACGCAGAAAAGAAAGACAAAAAACAGCAGGUGAUGGCUGGUUUGGUAUGAAAGCUCCAGAGUUGACAGAUGAACUAAAAAACGAUCUCAAAGCACUGAAGAUGAGAGCAAGCAUGGACCCAAAAAGGUUUUACAAGAAAAAUGAUAGAGAUGGCUUCCCCAAAUACUUUCAGAUUGGAACCAUUGUUGAUAAUCCAGCUGACUUCUACCAUUCACGAAUUCCCAAGAAACAAAGGAAGAGAACUAUUGUAGAAGAACUGCUUGCUGAUUCUGAGUUCAGAAGAUAUAACCGAAGGAAGUACUCCGAGAUCAUGGCUGAAAAAGCAGCAAAUGCAGCAGGAAAGAAGUUUCGAAAGAAGAAGAAAUUUAGAAAUUAAGAAUCAGCAAGCAAAUCAUAGUAUUUUACAUCUCCCCUUUAUUUACUCAAGAUGUUCUGAAGACUAACACCAGAUGUUCUGAAGACUAACACCAUUACAUACAUUAACAUUGGCUGGCCCUAUCUAUAUAUAGGGGUUUCUGUUCAGAAGUUCAUUUGAAAAGAAAUCAAUUACAUGCUCUUUCCCUUGAAAUAAAGUUAGGUAUGUCUACAAAGACCCAUUCAUCCUUGGACCCUUUGAAGGGGAAAAGAAGUAAAGAACCUCAACCAUUUUAAGAUAACAUUUUUUGUAGAGUUUUCAGUGCUUGGUUAUUUAAAGAAAAAUGAGCUAAAAGACAUUUAGAAAGUAUAAAGGUUGCUAACAUUCACAAAUUUAAAACAGUAUCAAACAUAGAUAGAGGAUCCUGUAAUUACUGUAUAGGGGGAGGAUGGUGGACAGGAAACAUCCUUUUGCCAGCUGCAAAUUCAGGUCCAAGAUACUGGUGAGGUUGAGAUACAGAGAUCUGCUUGCUGCCAAUAUAAAAGCCAUAAUUGAAACCAAAGCAAUGAUGAUCAGAGAACUAAAUCAUGAAGCUAUUAAAAGGACUUAAAAGAUAAAGACUACCUAGUAAAUUUGGGUUAGAGGUAGAAGUAGCAGUAGAGCUGUUUUCCUUCCUUAGCAACUGAAACAGGAGGACUGAUUUUAUCCAGAUUCAUUGUUGUCUUCCAAGUGAAACAGGAUUAACUCAAUAUAAUUCUAAUUUGGCCAGGAGACAGAAUGGCCCAGUUUGUCUCAUCUCCCGUUGCAGAAGUAUGCAUCCUGGCUAAGCUGCCUGUGGCAGCCAAGGAAUGCUGGGUCAUUUCUACUAGAGCUUAAUAGGACAUUCUUGGUUCUGGGUGGGUUUUUUCCUUCAGGUCAUUAGGUGGGACCUCUCUGUUCACCAUGCAUACUGCUUGUGAUUUCAGUAAAUAAGUCUCAUAUUUUGCAUUUAUUGCCUGGGAUCAUAGGCAACCUAAUAACUGUCAGAUGGCAAAUUCGUAGGUGGAAUUAAGGAAGCAUCUGUAUAAAAGAGAAGCAUCUGUUCUCUUUUAUAGAAAAACCUGUAUUCUAAUCAUUUGUUAAACAAGGACCUGCUAUGAGAGGACUAAAUACCAAAACAAGAAGAUACAACAGUUAGUUUACCCUUUACACAUUCUUCCAGAAAGAAAUUAUUAGCAAAAACAACUAUUAAUCUAUUAUGCUAUGAGAACACUUAAGUUGUCAGUCAUUCUGUGUGGUGGGACAGCUCUGCACAAUUAAGAACUAGUUUUUCUCAGGCUUAGGCUAUGGAGUGGGUCAACUUCUUACCUCUUGUAUAAUUUUCUUGCUGGUUUCUGACUCGUGAAUGAAUGCUAGAAUAGGUUGAAUUAUUUGAUACUUCAAAACUGCAGUUAUGGCAAAUAUUAUGGUGCACUUUGCUGGGAAAAUGACCUCUAGUCAUUCCUAUACAAAAGCAGCAUUAGACUAAGGCAAUGUUGGAGAAAGAACGGAACCUAAGUGCUGAGUCCUACUCUGUUGCUAAGCCACAUUACAGGUCCUCACAGUAUGUGUUUUAUUUACUUUAAAAUUUUAACAUGCUCUUUUUUGUUUCCAUUGAUUUCAUUUUUAAGUUUAUUAUAUGUAAUUUUGUAAGCUACUUAGCUUGGAACAAAGUUUUAGCAAAUGUAAAAUACGUUAUUCAGUGAAAUAAACUGAAAUUACUCAACUAAAAA